AUGGAUUUCUCAGAAGAAAAACUCGAACUAUUGCGAAAGAAGAAUGAUAGGAAGGGAGAGGCCGAAUCCAUACUAGGUGAGACAAGAUCGGAUCAUGGAGUAAAGAUGGAAUUAAGGAAUGAACCAGAUGGAAUUCCGAUCAACACGAUGGACGUUGCUAAAGAUUUGAAUGUCCAAGCGGUAUUUCUGAAGAUAUACGGACAUUACGAUAGCCAGUUCCCAAACCCAGUGGGUCUGAACGAUUCAGCGUUGGACGAGAUGAUGCACCAACUCGACGGAUACAAUGUGAAUAAUGUGAACAAUAUUAGUCGGCCGGAUGUCCAUGGCCAGCAACAGAGUCAACACCAGGGAUUUGUGCUUUUGGAGGAUGAGUUCCCCGAUAUGCUGGGUAGCAAGAUCAUGUCACCUAUGAAAGAUUGGGAGAGUCUGUUGAAAGAAGGCGUGCCUUCAAUUGAGAAUGGACAGUACCAUGAUAUGUUCAAAGUAGAGCAGGUUCAAUCUCAGCGACUGCAUCACUCGAGACCUGAACUGCAGCUCCAACACCCUAAUCCUAACGUACCCAUGUAUCCACCCGUCUCGAAUGUUGUGAACCACCCCUUCCAGCAACAGCAAGUACCUCUGCCAAUGCACAGUAACAUAGGGAUCCAACAGCAGCAUAUACCACAGCAUAUUCCACAGCAACAAGCACAGCAAAAUCACAUAUCGCAGCAGCAGUUCCCUGCACCACCACCACCAAAGGUAAGCAGAGAUAGUUAUUCAUCCGGAAACAACUCUUCUUUCCCAAGUUCAGGCUCAUCUUCCUCCACAAUGACAAACACAACAACUCCAAACGCUACCUUAGGUGCACCGAAACUUCCAAAUGGUAAACUUCAUAGCAUGACGUUCAAAAAAUUGACCAGAAUUGAUCGCUUGAGAAAUGUGUUUCUCGAACGUUACUUGAAGCAUUUCCAGUCAGACAUCCGUCAUUUGAAUAACUUGGAGUUUAGAAAUGUGGCCCCUGUUUGGACAAAGAAGAUUGCUGAAAAUUUCUGGACUACAGUGUAUAACCAGUCAGUGGUGAUAGACUUGUAUUUUUCGUUUUUCAUGGACAGGAGUUUGAAUGCUCUUUUACACAAGUGCAAGCUCUUAUUGAAUGAUAAGUCAUUUUUGGAAAACGAAAACGUGUUCUUUUUAAAUCAGCCACAAGAUUUACUUUACAAGCAAUAUUUCUUUACGCCAAAUGAUUUGGAUGUCUUAGCUCACAAGAGUUAUAGUUACUAUGGAGAAUUUAUCAAAGACUUGAGGGAGAGUUUAUCUUUAAUUCAUUCUGAAUAUCCAGCAAAAAUAUCCUUAUUUGCUGCCUGGUCUACGUUUUUACACUCUCACUCCUCGGUUGAUACGUAUUGCUUACUCUUCAGCGGAACGACCACGUUGUUUACUAAAGUAUUCAAUACAGCAACUCUGCUCAAUCACAUCCCUCCUACUAUUAACACCGGAUUCUACAUCUUUAUAAAUCAUUCGAACACCUGCCUUAUCCCAGAUUAUGAUUUUCAAGUAAUAGUUGAUUUGCACAAAGAUUUAGUCUUAUUUAAGAAAGUCAGCCAGGAUUUGAGCAAAAAGUGGAUUGAUUCAGAAAAUGAAAAGAUUAUUGUCAACGUAAAAAUCGCCAGACACUGCUUUGAUUUAGAGAUAUUUCUUAGAAAAUUAAUCGAAGUUUACUACCCUCAGAUUAUCGCCGUGAAUAAUGCGUACAAACGAAAGUACAGACCAAACGACACCACUAACAAUAUUUAUUUUGUUAGAGUUAAGCUGUUUUAUGAGAUGAUAAACCAUUGGUUUCUGAUUUAUCCUGCUGAGGCAAUACCCAUGGGUUCCAAGUAUAAUGCCAUGUGGAAAACAUUUUACUUGUUUUUCACAGCGAUCGGAAAAGCAUUGAGCCAAAUUAUUACACCAAUUAGAAGUUUAAUGCUUGUGGAUCCUAACAGUACGUUUUGUCCUAGAGUCGAUUUUGAUCCAAGUAUUUAUAAGAUUGAGGUGGGUCAAUUUGAAAAAGCAGAUUUCGAGUUCUACAACGAACUUUCAACAAAACUAAUCAGAAUAUCAUCCUUUUUUAACAAUCGAGUAUUAUUUUACUCAUAUUAUUUACUGACGGUUACUGUUUUGGAUCAAGAAUACAUUAAACAUGUUGUGGAUGACAAUAGUGAACUUCAGAGCAAUAAUAGUUAUGGCAGCAGUAGUGGAACUUCCAGAACUACUCCAUCCACACCUUCACCACUUGAUGGUGAUGAGGAAUAUACCGACAUUCUCCACAUUUUGCCUGAUAAGCUAAAUAUUCACGAAACCUUCAUUUCCAACUUUGACAAUACAAUGACUAUAGUUCCAGAGAAUUACCCAGUGAUGGAACAUUUCAGAGAAGAAUUCAAUAGAUUAUUAUCAAUCUAUUACCAACAACAACUCCAAAGUCAGAGAAUGGAUGAGUCUCAUUUCCAUAUUCAGAACAAACUUAACUAUGACACAGGAUUGUACAAUAGAGAUUUUAAUCCAGAUAAGUGGAUAGAACUAAUUAUUACAAGACAAAAGCAAGCUUGGGAAGAUGAGAGAACUACAUUGGAGCAACUGCAGCACAGAAUGCAUAUUUUCGACUUGGGAAGGCAAGAAGUUAAUAAGAGCAUACAUUAG